CUCGACCACUUUAAGCUCUCAAAUCUUCCAGACAUUCUUCUUCUCGCUUUUUUCCCCAUUUCAACUUUUUUUUUUCCUCUCCAGUGCACUAGGAAACAAAAAAAACCCAAGAUCUAUAGUUCGAUCGGAUCGAGAGAAGCUCGAAAAUGGCGCUGGCGUUCGAUGAGUUCGGGCGUCCGUUCAUUAUACUGAGAGAGCAAGAUCAAAAGACUCGUCUUAGAGGAAUCGAUGCUCAGAAAGCCAAUAUCGCCGCUGGUAAAGCCGUGGCUCGGAUCCUUCGAUCCUCUCUUGGACCCAAAGGAAUGGAUAAGAUGCUUCAAGGACCUGACGGAGACAUCACCAUCAGUUCGUUUCUUCCUUUUGAUUUCUUCAUAUCUGCUUUUAAAUUUCUAGUUUCGCUCUUGUUUACUUGGCAUAGUGUUUACUAUGUUGAUGCCGUAGUUUGAUGAAUAGAUCCAUCUACUUUUUGAAAAUCGAUUCGCUAUGUCUGUUAACUUAGCUCAGCUCUACUACUACUUGUAUAUUGUUUGUAACCUCGCCUUUGUUUUGCUUUUGCAGCAAACGAUGGUGCUACGAUAUUGGAGCAAAUGGAUGUUGACAACCAGAUUGCGAAACUAAUGGUGGAACUGUCGCGGAGUCAGGAUUAUGAAAUUGGUGAUGGAACAACAGGUGUUGUUGUUAUGGCUGGUGCACUUCUUGAGCAAGCUGAACGUCAGUUAGAUAGAGGAAUUCAUCCCAUUCGUAUUGCUGAAGGAUAUGAGAUGGCUUCUAGGGUGGCUGUUGAGCAUUUGGAGCGUAUUGCCCAAAAGUUUGAAUUCGAUGUUAAUAAUUAUGAGCCUCUGGUUCAGACUUGCAUGACUACUCUGUCCUCGAAGAUUGUGAAUCGAUGCAAGCGCAGCUUAGCUGAGAUUGCUGUUAAAGCGGUUCUUGCUGUUGCUGAUUUAGAGAGGAGGGAUGUUAACUUAGAUCUGAUCAAAGUAGAGGGGAAAGUUGGGGGAAAGUUGGAGGACACUGAGCUUAUUUAUGGAAUACUGAUUGACAAAGAUAUGAGUCAUCCGCAAAUGCCAAAGCAGAUUGAAGAUGCCCACAUUGCCAUUUUGACUUGUCCCUUUGAGCCACCGAAGCCGAAGACUAAGCAUAAGGUGGACAUUGAUACAGUGGAAAAGUUUGAGACAUUGCGCAAGCAAGAGCAGCAAUAUUUCGAUGAGAUGGUACAAAAGUGCAAGGAUGUUGGUGCUACGCUGGUUAUUUGCCAAUGGGGAUUCGAUGAUGAGGCAAACCAUCUAUUGAUGCACAGGAAUUUGCCUGCUGUCAGAUGGGUAGGGGGUGUUGAAUUAGAACUUAUCGCAAUAGCCACAGGCGGUAGAAUUGUUCCAAGAUUCCAGGAGUUGACCCCAGAGAAGUUAGGGAAGGCUGGCGUGGUUCGUGAGAAAUCUUUUGGCACAACAAAAGAACGAAUGCUGUAUAUUGAGCACUGUGCGAACUCAAAAGCUGUCACUGUUUUCAUCCGUGGAGGUAACAAAAUGAUGAUAGAAGAGACGAAACGUAGUAUCCACGAUGCUCUGUGUGUGGCUAGGAAUCUCAUCCGCAACAAAUCAAUUGUUUAUGGAGGUGGGGCAGCUGAAAUCGCUUGCUCACUUGCGGUUGAUGCAGCUGCUGAUAAAUACCCUGGCGUGGAGCAGUAUGCAAUUAGGGCGUUUGCAGAAGCUUUGGACUCUGUCCCUAUGGCUCUUGCAGAGAACAGUGGAUUACAGCCCAUUGAGACACUCUCUGCGGUUAAAUCUCAGCAAAUUAAGGAGAAUAUUCCCUUCUAUGGAAUAGAUUGCAAUGACGUGGGAACAAACGAUAUGAGGGAGCAAAAUGUGUUUGAAACAUUGAUCGGGAAACAGCAACAAAUUUUGCUAGCUACGCAAGUCGUUAAGAUGAUUCUAAAGAUCGACGAUGUCAUCUCCAAUUCUGAAUACUGAUUUGUUGCUACCUUUGUCCUAACCUUUGGCUUCUUCGGUGUUUUUUGUUUGCUUUCUAUUAGCUUUUGAUACCCUUCGACAUCGUUAUCCUUGACUUGUUCCCUUUGUUUUGCAACCUUCUAUUUAAGAACAUCGUCAGAUCUUAAUUUUUGUGUGUACUUGUCCACAGAUCGAAGCACUCGUUUGCAUUUUCUUUUCGAUUUAGUAACUGAUGCAGGUCUCAUACUGUAGAC